AUGAUGAAACAACCAGUCUUUGGAUCCAAUCACUUGCAAGACUUGACAACCGAAGAGUUUCAAGCGCAAUAUCUCACUGGAUACAACGGUCCCAAUGCCGAUGGACAUGAAGUCAAGACGGGUCGAAAACGACAACUGGUCAAUAUGCCUCCUGUAAUGCAUCCAGAAAUGAAAGUCACGCGACAUCCUACAGUACAUCACCGACUAUUGCAACAGUGGCAAUUGGCGCGAUUUACUAGUUCCACCAAAUGCAGCUGGUGGGAUGUUCGUGCUGGAUGCGAGUGGUCUUUCAGGAGUAUUUGGGAUUGUGGCGCUUGCUGGGCAAUCACCGCAGUCGAGACCAUUGAAUCGGCCUACUUCAUAGGCACGGGCUCACUUCUGGACCUCUCCGAAACUGAAGUAAUCUCGUGUACAGACUCGUGUAACAUGUGCUUUGGCGGUUGGCCCCAGGAUGCAUACGACUACGUCAUGGAUCACAAGGGCAUCAUGUUGUCCAAUGAUUGGGGCUACGACGGAGACACUCUGUUGGCGUUGUCGCAGAACAUGGAGGCAGACGACAGCGAGCUUGACGGUGACAUGUUUGGAUCUUACAUUAGCGAGAACUGUCCGGCAUCGCAGGGUUCCGGAGAUGGUGGAAAUGACGGUUCCAGACUACUUGACUUGAUUGACUUUACGCCCGCCGAUGAACCCAUCCAAACCACAUCUGGAUUGCUGUUGACUCAUCGAAGAUCUUCGGCCGAGAAACGAGCAGAUAAAGGCAAGUCAUACUCCAGAGGAACAUUCCCUCCUUCCUAUCGACCCAGUCCCUCUCGAUUCGAAGUCGAAGGUCCUUGGGGAGGAGGAAGAGGACGAACUCCCGGUCCUCUAUUUCAAGCACGACGGUGGCUUUCUUUUGCCAAACUCUGGGUACUCUUCUUUUGUGCCGUUCUCGUUGUGGGAACUGGUGUCAUAUUCCAUACGUUUCAUCAUCGGGAAAGCAGGCGAAGCAAGUCCAUUCAGCAACAAAGCGAAUACAAUCAACAACUAGCCAAUGAAAAUCAGCAAGUCCCUCAGCAAAUUUUGCUAUUGCCACUCAACAAUGCAUCUGAACUGGCAAGACAACAACGAGAAGCGGAGGAAGCGCUGCAGAAGCAAAAUCGACAUGGCGCGAGACGCCUCUUGUCUGACUUGAACGACUUGCGCACCGAGUUUGAGAAUUGGAUUGUCAAGCACGGAAAGAACUAUGCUUCACCGCACGAAAAGGAACAUCGAUUUGGAGUUUGGAAGGACAAUCAUUUCAGGACCGCUGCCAAAAACAAGCGACAUGGCAAUUGUCCCAUGAUGAAACAACCAGUCUUUGGAUCCAAUCACUUGCAAGACUUGACAACCGAAGAGUUUCAAGCGCAAUAUCUCACUGGAUACAACGGUCCCAAUGCCGAUGGACAUGAAGUCAAGACGGGUCGAAAACGACAACUGGUCAAUAUGCCUCCUGUAAUGCAUCCAGAAAUGAAAGUCACGCGACAUCCUACAGUACAUCACCGACUAUUGCAACAGUGGCAAUUGGCGCGAUUUACUAGUUCCACCAAAUGCAGCUGGUGGGAUGUCUCGUGCUGGAUGCGAGUGGUCUUUCAGGAGUAUUUGUACGUUGGCACAGGGACAAUGGAACCCAAAUACGACAGUGACACAUAUCCCAACUCGAUCGAUUGGAGAGACAUGGGAGCCAUUACAGAUGUACGACGGCAAGGGGAUUGUGGCGCUUGCUGGGCAAUCACCGCAGUCGAGACCAUUGAAUCGGCCUACUUCAUAGGCACGGGCUCACUUCUGGACCUCUCCGAAACUGAAGUAAUCUCGUGUACAGACUCGUGUAACAUGUGCUUUGGCGGUUGGCCCCAGGAUGCAUACGACUACGUCAUGGAUCACAAGGGCAUCAUGUUGUCCAAUGAUUGGGGCUACGACGGAGACACUCUGUUGGCGUUGUCGCAGAACAUGGAGGCAGACGACAGCGAGCUUGACGGUGACAUGUUUGGAUCUUACAUUAGCGAGAACUGUCCGGCAUCGCAGGGUUCCGGAGAUGGUGGAAAUGACGGUUCCAGGUAUGGCAACAUCAAAGGAUAUGGCUUUGCCACAGAUAGAUGCGUAUGCUAUUCGGAUGGAUCGGGAUGUGAUUGCGACAACCAAAACGAAGGACUUGCGGUAAGGAACCUUGCAAGUUAUGGCCCAGCAACUGUCUGUCUCGAUGCCUCCGUCUGGCAAGACUACUCCGGAGGCAUCAUCACGUCUUCAUCGGGCUGCAAUCCGCAGUUUCUGGCAAUGAACCACUGUGUGCAAGUGGUAGGCUACGCGUACAAUGAUGGAAGUAGUCAGGCAGACGAUCAAGACGAAGGAGGCAGCGGAGACUCGGGAAGUGGCAGCAAUGAUUCUGGUUCGGGUAGCGGUGACGGUAAUGACAGGGUUGGCUACUGGAUUGUCCGUAACCAGUGGUCACAGAACUGGGGUAUGAGUGGGUACGCCUAUGUUUCAAUGGGCGAAAACACGUGUGGGAUUCUAAACGACAUGACGCAAGCGUACAUGGCUAACUGA